UUAAACUUUUAUUCGCAGUCUGUUAUUGUUUUCAUGUUACGCCGAUAGUGUUAUUCAGUGUUCAUUUUAGUCCAAAACUUUACAAUGUCUUUUUACCGACGCGCUCAUAAACUCAAUCAAUUCUCGCGGUUGCUGCACACUUUUCCCGGUAAAGCGACGACAGCCGGUUCCACCCGAACAUCCUCAGGAAUUUUGGCCACCCAUCAGCGAGAUCCCUCGGGAUCUGCUCAGCGGUUAGCAUUAUUCAAUGCCGCUGCUGCUGUAAGCAAUGGCUGCUCCUUCCAUUACAACAGCCAAAGGCGCAACUUUUCCAGCCAAGCACCGGACGAUGUGCCUCCUCGGGGACGGGGUCGUAUGCUUCCGAAGCUGAUGGACUUUCCGGAAAUCAUCUGGCCAUCGGUAAUGAAAUCGGUUAAAAAUUGGAUAAUGGUGCACUUCAUAAUCCGGCCGUACUUUGACCGGGAGUUCAGUCUGCCGGACUUUGUUCAGGGUGCCAAACAGGCACUGCAGGUUGUAUCAGCUUCCCUGGCGGGUGGGGAACUUAAAAACCUCGAAGGACUUGUAGAUCGGCAAACGGUGAACGAUUUGAAAGGAUCGAUCGAAAAAAUGUCCGUUGCUCAACGGUACGAGUUGAUGAUAUUAAAAGAAGACAUCUAUUUCUCGUUCCCGUAUCAGGUUGGUGUAAUGUUUGACGAAGAAGACGAAGCGAGUCAAAAGCGAUUCGUUGAAAUUACGAUGGUAUUUCACGUACUAAAGGGGUUGAAGGGAAUGGUCGAACGGGGAGAGACAAUACCACUGAAUAUUGGUGUCAUGCCAGAGUAUCGCGACAAAAUCAGUAUCUGCAACUAUCGGUUCAUCAAGGAAUUCACCAAAGGCGUCGAAUCGGACUGGACCGUCAAUAUUGUGAGCCACUUCAAGCCGAGUGACUUAAUAGACGAAGAGGAACGCCAAUAAUGUGCGCUAAAAGAUUUAGAUUUAGCUAGUGGGAUUGUGUAUAUUUUGUGAAUAAAUACUAAACGCGACAAGGUUGUC